CGACGCUGAUCGGUGUUGGAUUCUCCGGCGGCGACUACUCCCUCGGACGGUGACUGGCGUUUACUCGCUUUUGAAGUAUCAAAGGCGUGAGUUUUGGAAUCUUCCAUCGGAGGUCUGCAACUCCAUGGCUUCAAGUCAUGAAGAUGAUGACUCCUCAAAUACCCACAGCUCGCCCAAGAAAGUAUACCAAGAUCCAGAUGAUGGGCGUCAAAGAUUUUUACUUGAACUGGAAUUCAUACAAUGCCUUGCGAAUCCAACUUAUAUUCACUAUUUGGCUCAGAAUCGUUAUUUUGAAGAUGAAGCUUUCAUUGGCUACUUGAACUACCUUCAAUACUGGCAACGACCAGAGUACAUAAAAUACAUAAUGUAUCCACAUUGUCUUUACUUUCUAGAACUUCUACAAAAUGCAAGUUUCCGCAAUGCAAUGGCACAUCCAGCCAAUAAGGAGUUGACACAUAGGCAGCAGUUUUACUUUUGGAAGAACUACAGGAAUAAUCGGUUGAAACAUAUCUUACCAAGGCCCCUUCCGGAAACUACUGCACCACCACCAUCUAAUGCAGUUCCACCACCUCCAACCACCACCAUUGCUGCUGCUUCUUCUGGUGGUCCUGUCGCUGUGCCGCCAGUACUCUCGCCUAUGCAGUAUGGUGUACCUUCUGGUCCACCUCAAAAAAGUGACCCCAGGAGUGGGAUUGAUAGAAGAAAGAGAAAGAAAGAUGGAUAGUUUGAUUUGAGCUAUAUGUGCAAUACUUCAUGGUUGAAAGAACAUAAAACUUAGUGUUUCCUUUUGUAGUGUUGUCUAAGUUGAGAGCUUGAUAUUUUGUUUAAGUGUAUUCUUUUAUUAAAUUCAAAUAUACAUUUGUUUUUGUUUACAUUACAUAGUUAAAGAGUUAGAUAUAUUAAAAGGAUGAUAAUGUAUCCUUUAAUGAUAUGUCAAAUGCAUGUCAUGUCAUGAAGAAAACUUUCUGAUUAAACUAAUUAACAAGUUAACGGAUGAUGCGAGUGGAAUGUUCUUUCUUCUUUGUGAGUAACAAGUUAUGCGGUAGGGGCCAGGGGUGCAUGGACUUUUAAGGUCACAUACUUAUUUAUUUUUUUGCUUAUUGAAAAAGAGAAC